AUGAGAGUACGGAGGUUAUGUUCUCCACAACUCCUCUUGUUUCUCUCGUUUCUCUUGGCUACUCUAGUUAUAGCAACGCCUGCCUCGGUAAAGAAUCAAUUAGAAAAGGCUGCUGAGACGCCUGACGAAAAAUACAUCGACUUGGGUGCCGCGGAUGAACUUGACAAAGCUAGAAAAACAGACGCCAAAAAACCUAAGAAAACCGUAAAGGACGACUCCAAAGCUGAAGACAGUACAAAAAAGGUUUCUGGUGAAAAAUCUACGAAGAAUACAAAGAAUGCACCAGCAAGACCCAAAGAUGAAGAUACUUCAAAAGAUGCCAAGCCUGGAAAAGUGUCGAAGGAUCUGAAACAGGCUGGCGAAAAAGCCAAGUCUGCACCGAAGAAGGCACCCAAAGCUGCUAAGAAGCCUCAACGGAAUGCUAAGGCUGACGUUGUUGAGUAUGACGAAUCAUCGCUGGGUCAUAAAGGGUUCGAGAUGCCUCCGCUUCUCACCAUGCAAGACUUUGAUAGCGUCACCAGCAAGCAGCUUUCUUUCGUGGAAUUUUUCUCACCGUACUGCCUCCAUUGUAAGCAAUUGGCCCCUACUUGGGAGGCUACCGUUGAAGAAUAUCAAGCCGAAAUGAAAGACCUUAAGAUCCAAAUGCGCCAGGUGAACUGUAUUGAGUCUGGUGACUUGUGUGAGCGUGAAGAUGUGGUUUACUACCCCAACUUGCGUCUUUACACACCAGCAAAGGAUAAGAACGGUAAAUUAAUUCCUGGGAAGCUGAAAUUCGUUGGUUCUUUCCCUCGUUCAAUUAUGAGAACGAAGGAGAAUUUCUUAAAAUACAUGAAGAAUAGCGUGGCGGAGUAUAACGCUGGAGCAAUAGACUUGCCUAGUGUAUCCAAGACAGUAUCGAUGGACGAACUUAUCAAGAUUGUGUCUGGAUCUAUUGACCUGGCUGUGUUUGUUGGCUUCUUUCCAACAACUGACAAGGAAUGGGAUGCGCAUGAAAAGUCCGGCAAAAACCUCUUUCCUCGUGAGUGUGUUCAGUGCUUGGAGUGGAAACAGUUGUGGGAUCGGCUCCUGAACUUGGUUCAAAGUACCGUUAGAACUGCCAACUUUAAUUGCAGGAGCCAUCCGGAUCUCUGUGAACAAAUUGGACUCAAGGAAUUCUCCAAGCGUGGAGCGUCUGCUCGUCCUCAUUUUGCCAUGUUUCUUCCAGAAACCGCAGGCAUUGUUAGGUUUGACUACUCUGGCGAACUCACCAUUGAAGCUAUGAAGAAGUUCUCUACUCGUCUUUUUGAGAACUCUCAGUACGAAAUACUUACGGUUCCCAAACUUGGCGACGUAAUGGAGCUUCGCAGUAACCUUCCUGCCAAACCUUUGGGUCUGUACUACCCGUUGGCCAAUGUUGUCUCAGUGGUUUUCUACUACGAUAAGAACACUGUAACAGAAGAAGACAAAACAAUUUUACCAAAACUACUUCAAUACGUCACGGACUCAAAGUUCAACGUACACCUUUACACUGGAAAAGUUUCCCCUAAGAAACUUUACGAGCAACAAGUGAACGACCAAGGUAAGAACCUUGUACAAUUUAUCAACAAUGUUGUUUCCUCCAGCGAACGUUCAUUUGACGAGCCAAACUUUUUAGCGACAACACUCACCGCCAAGCCAACGAUUCUCAUCUUCAAAGAUAACUCCUUGGUAACCAGCAUAUAUCAAAAUUUGCAACUUGAGGAUAUGAAAGAUUAUGCCAAGGUUGAAGAAUUCGUUGCUCGGAAUCAAUUUCCAUUAUACCAAGAAUUGACACCCGAAUUAGUACCCAGUUACUUCAAUACCACCUAUGAGCGCGUAAAAGGCACUCAAAAAGUUGUUAUUGGGUUUAUCAAUUCUGAGGAUGCCAGUGCUACCGCCAAUUACCUUUAUGCCAUGUCCUUAAUGGCACACGAGUAUCACCAUACCAAGAAGGAAUAUUUUUUCGAGAAAAUGAAACAGGCACACAAGGACGAAUACGACGUUAGUAACCGUUUGAAGCAACGUUCUGCUGACAGUCUUGAAAUGGUCAAGGACAUGAAGCGAGAAAUACCUCGAUACUUUGACGACGAUGAUGUUCUCUUUACAUUCAUCGACCUCGCCGUAAACAAAGACUUUGCCCGCAAGUUGGGAUUAGACAUUAACGGGCGCUCAUAUAGUCCCGGCCAUGCCAUCGUGGUUCAAAGAGAUGGACGCUACUAUUGGGAUCAACUUGUCGGUGGACAACCAAUGAACAUGGACCCAGAAAGCAUGAGUGAGACUUUGAGAUACUUUUUAGACCCUGCAUUGGUCAAGGUUAAGGCUCAAAUGACUACAAAGCUUGUGGGAAGCCCAUAUCCAAAGAUUAUGAGGUUUAUGGACUAUGUUCAUAUGCAUGGCAUAGUAGGAUACUUGGUACUAUUUGCCGUAUUUGGUAUGAUCCACACGUUACGACGGAGAAAGAGAUCAGCAAGAAGAGCCGGAAAUUCUACCUUGGGUGCCAUAAUCGGUGCUAAGGCAGAUUAA